AUGGAUUCACGUCCAAAAGCUUUCUACAAGAUCUUUAUUACUGAAAUCCACAAGGACGACUUGCAAAUCCCUCCAGCAUUCAUGGAGAAAGUUGGUCACCCGUUACCAAACAGAGUACACAUGAUUGACGUACGAAACAACAUAUGGAGCGUGAGGACAUUCAAAAUCGGCGAAUGUUGGUACUUAGUCAACGGUUGGUCCAAAUUCGCACGCGACAAUUUGCUAUCGACGGGCGAUCUUUUGGUUUUCGACUACUAUCACAAGGGCUGGUUCAGCAUAGGAAUAUUCGGGCCGUGGGGUAAUCAAAGACUUGUACUAGGCCCAAACAAGGUUCGGAUAAUUAGUGCUCAUGCGCACAAACAAGUCUCGGAUAAUGACGAUGAUAAUGAUGAUGAUGAUGAAGAUGUUGAUACUUAUUCUAAUUCUGAUUCUGAUUCUGAUUCUGAUGAUAAAAAUGAAAGCGAGCAAGAAGCGCAUUGUGGAGCUGAAAGCAGUAAAACUAUACGGGGUCGAAAAAUAUAUGAUAAUGUAUGCAACGGGUUGGAUAUAUUCAGCUCCGGGCGGGCACAACGCCCCAAAAAUCCCUACUUUGUCACGAAAGUAAUGCCCAAGCGCAAAUCGUACUUGUUCAUCCCGAGGGAAGUGGUCCGUGACUAUGGCCUGAACCUCCGGCAAGAUAUCACGCUGGUGGAUCCUCACCGGAGGGAAUUUCCGGCAAGGUGCCUGACGUGGAAGGACGGCAGAAGGGUCGUCUCCGGCGGGUGGAGGAUUCUGUGCAAUGUCAACCUAGUCAGAGAGGCUGACGUCAUCAUCUGUGAGUUCGUACGAGGAGACGGCGGCCGCCAGUUCAUUCAGAUUAGUAUUGUGCGAGCGUGUGGCUCGCUGCGCUUUUGGACCCCUUUCGAGAGCCCUCUGACGUGGGUCAUUGGUGGCUUUUCCGGUGAUUGCACUCCUUCCCCGGCGUGGAUGAUUUUUCAGAGUCCAGAUCUGAAUCGAGAACAGACUUUUCAUUAG